GCUCGGGACCGACCGGAGAGGGAGGCCGGGACGUGGAGCUGGUGGGGGGAGGCCGGCGCCAGACCGCCCGGGCCGGGGGCGGGGCAGACGCUGCGCCAGGCGCGGGAACCAGGGUCCGGAGAGGGGAGCGGGGGGGCCCCGUCCUGGAGGCGGGGCGGGUGACCUCUGAGCCGCAGGGAGCAUAUCGGGGCCGGGCGGGGGCAGGUCUGGGCGCGACGGAGGACGCCCACCCCGGCCCCGACGCCGGAGCCAGCGCGCCAGGCCCCCGGGGUCCCUCCCCUCUGCUUUCGUCCCCGCCCCUCUCCCCCCUGCUUCUCCCUCCCCGCCCCGGCCCCCACGCCCCCCGCGGCCCCGGCGGCCCGGCCCCCGCCUCCGCGCGCCAUUCCUCCGGCUGCGCGUCCAGCCAGCCGCGCCUGGGCCAUGGCGGGCCUGGGGCCGCGACCCGCCAAGAGCUACCGGGUGGUGCUGCUCGGCAGCGUGGCCGUGGGCAAGACGGCGCUCGCCACGCAGUUCGCCUGCGGCAGCUUCCCCGAGCAGUGUGAGCCGUCGGUGGAGGAGCUCUUCAGCAAGGUGAUCGAGGUGAACGCGGCGCCCGCCCUGCUGGAGAUCGUGGACACGGUGGGCGCCGAGCACCUGGUAACCCUCAAGGACCUGUACAUCAAGAACAGCGACGGCUUCGUGGUGCUCUACAGCGUGUGCAGCGAGGCCUCGUUCGAGGCGGUGCGGCCGCUGCGGGAGCGCAUGGGCCGGCUGCGGGGGCCCAAGGCCGUGCCGCUGGUGCUCGUGGGCACCAAGGCCGACCUGGACGCCCAGCGCCAGGUGCUGACGGCGCGGGGCCGCGCGCUGGCCCGCGAGUGGCGGUGCCCGUUCCUGGAGGUCACGGCCAAGAGCAAACUCAUGGUGGACCAGGUGUUCACGCAGGUGGUGCGCGAGAUGGAGGCCCUGGCCCCGCCCGAGGAAGAGGUUCCGGCCGUCCCCACCAACGCGCAGGAGACGUGGCCAUCGGAAAGGUUCAUCGGCUGAUGUGCGAACGGUUCAUGAUUACUGCAUUCAUCGCUUUUCUUGAUUUCUGAAGCUCACUUUACUCCUCUGCCUUUUUGAAGAAAGUUAUCCAGCUGUAAACAAGUGGUUGCUUCUAUAUAUUGACUCAGAUCGGUGCUUCAGACUGUCCAGAGCUUCCUAAAUAUUUUGUCGAAAACUUUGUUUACCUCUGACAGUGCUGGAAGAAGAAAUUAAAAAUCGAUUUUUUUUUUUCCUGUAUGGAGAGAGUAUUACCCUUUUCUUCGAGUGGGAUUUGUUGCAGGAUUUUUUUUUUUUUUUGGUCAUAAUUAACACCUUCAAAUGUCAUCUGACAUUUGACAUUGAUUGAGGAACAUGACCUAAAUCGAAGCUUUCCAAUCCAUGAGGCUUUCAUGUGUUCCCCUCUCAUUUACAGCCUUGAAUUGCAGCAGUAAUAUUUUCCUCUCUGCGUAUUUCUAAAUAUAGUUAUGACAUACAUAGCAUUGGUUUGAAAGGGAUAUUGUAUACCCUGGGAGGGGAAAAAUCAACUGUGUACUCAGGCAAAGAUAGUUCAGCUCUGCCUUCAGUUUUGUAAUUGACAUCUAGUCGAUUUCUGCAUCUGUAAAUUAAGUGAAAAUAAAAUGACUCUCGAAGUU